AUGGACAACUUCCCUGCCUUACCGCCCGGUGCUGAUGCCGCCGAAAGGGAUGCUCCUCCGUCAACCAGCGCCGAAAUUAGCGUUUCGCAGCGACGUGUCAGCCGAAAGUUAAAAAAGAAGCGGCUCCUUGACCCUGCAGCGCCCCUCCUCGAACUGCCCGACCCUUUGAGACACAGCGACAGCGACGAUGAGGACUCGCCCAAUGAUCCCGCUUCCCGACGUGGCCGCGCCGUGUCCGUCAACAUGAAUCAGAGCAUAUUCGGUCUUAUAGCGGCCGCCGGGUCGCGCGUGGAUUUCAACACGCGUUUUGACGACGGCAGCAGCGACGAAGAGGACGGCGAAACCCCCAGGAUCUCUGACGGCCCUCAGGACCUCUCGCAAACAGUCAUCCUCCCCGCCAGGUCCAGAGACGAGCGGCGCGGGCACAAGAAGAGGCUGUCUGGCCACAGGCUGUUAAAGUCCCUGUCCACCCUGCCCACCCUGCCCAAACGAAAAUCAAAGAAGCGCGAGACGAGCCAACUGUCGGCCCCGUCGUUGGAUUCCUCAGACGACGGCAAGGAAACGACGUCUCCCUCCCCGACAGCUGCUGCGCAUCUCGACGGGCAAGAUUAUCGGUUGGCUCCGGUUAUGAGCCGCAUGCUUCAGGCGCGGGCCGAGGUGGCCUCCAGACCUAGCUCCGACUUGGAUCGAAGGUCUGGCGAUUCGCCGGGGACGGACGAUGCUGGUGAAUCUUCUGCAUUGGCUAAACGGCUCAUGGAAAUUUUCGAAUUCGACGAGCCCGAGCUCGUCAUUGAAGAGUAUCCCUGCUGGUUGUUACAGAGCGUGCUGCUUCAGGGCUUCCUUUACAUCACUGCCAAACAUAUUUGUUUCUAUGCCUAUCUCCCCAAGAAAGCGAACGUCGUUGCCAAGUCUGGCUACCUUUCCAAGAGCGGGAAGCGAAAUCCAAAGUAUCAUCGCUACUGGUUCCGCUUAAAGAGCGAUGUGCUGUCCUAUUAUCGAGACUCAACAAACCUCUACUUCCCCCAUGGCCAGAUUGACCUCAGGUUUGGCAUCUCCGCCAACAUUGUCGACAAGGACAAGGACGGUCUGCAUUUCAACGUCGUCACAAGUCAUCGGACCUACAAUUUUCGAGCUGAUAGUGCUCCGAGUGCCAAGGAAUGGGUCAAGAGCUUGCAGCGAGUGAUAUUUCGCAGCCACAACGACGGCGACAGUGUCAAGAUCUCAUUGCCCAUUGACAACAUUAUCGACAUAGAGGAGACCCAGAUGAUGGAGUUUUCCGAGACUUGCAAAAUCCGGGUAAUUGAUAAUGAUGAAACCUAUGCCAUUGAUGAGUAUUUUUUCUCCUUUUUCAACUUUGGCAAGGAGGCCAUCAAUGUGCUGAAAAUCUUGGUGGAUGGGGCGUCUUCAAACAGCAGAACACCGGGCAAAUUGGUUGCUGAACACGAGCAGCGAUACCGAGGGUUGGAACAGCAGCAGAAACAGCGACAUGGCGAACAGGCCGUCAGGCAGACCUCGCCCCGACCGUCAGGACUAUCCGACCGACAGGAACUCCAUGUCGAGGAGAUGCGCACAACGAAGCUGCCGGAAGCUGUCAAGGCGACCUUGUCGCCAAUGCCGCCGCACUCAACAGGUCCUAGCCCACGAGCCAGCAUGGAUUGUUCUUCCAGGCCCAGUGCCGACGCCUUUCGGGGCAUGCGCAGACGCAGCCAGGACGUGUCAGCCAUGAUGAGGGAGCAGAGCCCUAGAAGAAGCUUUAGCGGUCAUCGUCGCACGCAAAGCACCCGACGCGUAGACGAGAAGAAGCCCAAACAUGGAGUAGAAUCCCCCGACUCCAACACGCAUUCAUCCACAGAAGAUCCCAGCUUCUCCAACUUGGCCAUCUCGGUGGCCACGGAAGACCCGACCGCGAGUCAGAUCCUGCAGGGCAGUGAAGUGUUCCACAGCCCUACCAUGCGCAAAUCGAUUGACGCGUCGAGCCAGUCCACAGACGCCAUAGGCAAGGAUGCCAAAGGAGGGUCAUCGGAAUCAUGCGUUCCCGGAGCAUCGAUCCCCAUGAAGCAUGCAGCCACCACCGGGCACAUCAGCCAGCUGGGAUAUCACGGCAAGUCCGCGCAGCAGCAGCAGCAGCAGCAGCAGCAGCAGCAGCCUGAGCGAUCCUCAACGCCCACUCUUCAGAGCAUUUCGAAAAUGAGCGCCUAUCCCCUGCAGCGGGCCGGCGCCUUUGCGGACUACCUGAACAAGACGGGCAAGCGCAUGAGCACUCUGCUGGCCACCGAAUCCAUGGGGUACGUGGAAAAGGUCUCCGGGAUGUGGAAAGGCGGCCGGAAACAUUAUGGUGAGCCGGCCGGUCUCCGACCGGAUGAAGACGAGCUGGAGGAAGACUCGGACGGAAAGGUGCAGACGUCCAUGGACCGCUUCCGCGCUCACUUUGCACUGCCAGAAUCCGAAAAGCUGCAAGCGACGUACUUUGGGUGCAUCAUCCGCGUGCUUCCCCUCUACGGCAAAAUCUACAUCAGCGACCGGUCGUUUUGCUUCCGCAGCCUGCUGCCCGGCACGAGGACCAAGCUGAUUCUGCCUUUGAAGGACAUUGAAACCGUCCACAAGGAGAAGGGAUUCCGCCUCGGGUACUCUGGCCUGACCAUUGUCAUCCGCGGGCACGAGGAGCUCUUUUUCGAGUUUAGCCAGGUCGACGUGCGCGACGACUGCACCAUAACCGUGCUGCAGAGUCUGGAGACGAGCCGCUACCUGAGGGAGUCGGGGAUCCUGCACCAGGAGGAGCUGGAGGAGCAGCAGGUGGCCAUGGCCGAAAGGGAUGCCCUGAAAUCGGCGCGGAGGGAGGAGUUCCCGGCGCACGAGAUGGCGCCUCCCCACGACGCCGAGUCGCAGCCCAACGCGCCCACGAUCCUCAUGGACGAGACGGACGGCUCCUUCAUCAACUUCAAGCCGCCGCAGCCCAUGAGGAUCACCUGCCUGACGAUUGGGUCCAGGGGCGACGUGCAGCCGUACAUUGCGCUCUGCAAGGGGCUGCUGGCCGAAGGCCACAAGCCGCGCAUCGCCACGCACGCCGAGUUCCAAGACUGGAUCGAGUCGCACGGCAUCGAGUUCCGCAUGGUGGAGGGGGACCCGGGCGAGCUCAUGCGGCUGUGCAUCGAGAACGGCACCUUUACCCUCUCCUUCCUCCGCGAGGCCAACUCGGCGUUCCGGGGAUGGCUCGACCAGCUGCUCGACUCGGCCUACGCGGCGUGCGAGGGGUCGGAGCUGCUCAUCGAGUCGCCCUCGGCCAUGGCCGGCAUCCACGUCGCGGAGAAGCUCGGCAUCCCCUACUUCCGCGCCUUCACCAUGCCCUGGACGAGGACGCGGGCCUACCCGCACGCCUUCAUCAUGCCCGAGCACAAGAUGGGCGGCGCCUACAACUACAUGACGUACGUCAUGUUCGACAACAUCUUCUGGAAGGCCACGGCGCAGCAGGUCAACCGGUGGCGCAACAAGACGCUCGGCCUGCCCAACACGAGCCUCGAGAAGAUGCAGCCCAACAAGGUGCCCUUCCUGUACAACUUCAGCCCCAGCGUCGUGGCGCCGCCGCUCGACUUUUCCGACUGGAUCCGCGUCACGGGGUACUGGUUCCUCGACGAGGGGGCCGAGUACGAGCCCCCCCGGGAGCUGUCCGACUUUAUCCAGAGGGCCAGGCGCGACGGCAAGAAGCUCGUGUACGUCGGCUUCGGCUCCAUCAUCGUCAACGACCCGGCCAAGAUGACCCAGGAGGUCAUUGACGCCGUGCUCAAGGCCGACGUGCGCUGCAUCCUGUCCAAAGGGUGGUCGGACCGCAUCUCCCCGCGCGACGACGACGCCUCCGCCUCCGCCGCCGCCGCCGCCGCCGCCGCCAGCCAGCCGCGCCCGGACGAGCCGCCGAUGCCGCCCGAGAUCUUUGUCAUCAAGGCCGCCCCCCACGACUGGCUGUUUGGCCAGAUCGACGCGGCGGCCCACCACGGCGGCUCGGGGACGACGGGCGCCAGCCUGCGGGCCGGCCUGCCCACCAUCAUCCGGCCCUUUUUUGGCGACCAGUUCUUCUUUGCCAGCCGCGUCGAGGACCUCGGCGUCGGCGUCGGCCUGCGGCGCUGGGGGGCCAACAGCUUCGGCAGGGCGCUGUGGCAGGCCACCCGAAACGAGCGCAUGAUUGUCAAGGCCCGCGUGCUGGGGGAGCACAUUCGCAAAGACAGGGGCGUGGAAACCGCCAUCCAGAACAUCUACCGCGACCUCGAGUACGCCAAGAGCCUGAUCAAACGCAAGGCCGGGCCGCACGACGAGCCGGACGCCGAGGAGGACGAUACCGAAGAGUCGUGGACCUUUGUCGGGUCGGACGAGCACGACCCCGACGCGGUGACCAAGAAGCUCAGCGAGGGCCUGGGGCGCCCUGCGCCGGGGAAGACGCCGCCCGCGGCUUUGGGGAGCAAGGUGCUCAAGGGCUGA